UUUGUAUCACUUCAAGCCAAAAGAAAGACCCGCACAUGACAUGGAGUACAUGGUGUCCUGAGAGAUGAUGAAAGCAAAGCAAGCGCUUAUUUUGUCUGUAUCUAUGGACGCACGCGACAAUAAAAAAGAUCAAUAUCGAAUACUUGUUCCAUCACUGACUCUUCAUUAUGGUCAUGCACGCUCUCUCUCUUAUAGUCUAUUAGUGCUGUAGAUGAAAAUAAUUCGUUUCACCUUAUAUAUGCUUGUGUUUAUUGUAUGUUAUCAACAGGUCUUGAUUUUCGAUGUAAAUUUAUUGUCAGAUUGUGACUGCCAGGUCACGAUUUUUUGACUCCUCGCCCCCCUGAUUUUACAGAAAAGCAAAGACUUUGCAACUUGAGUUUUACCAGAAAAUCAUCAGCAUUUGAGAUGAUUAACAUCAUAAUUUCGUCCCGCCCUCUUGGACAAGAGGGAAUGUCGCACAUAGUCAACAUUUGUAAAUUUCUCAGAGUGAGAUUUACCUUUCAUCUUCUUUGUACAACUACCAAAUUUAUAUCACUGUUACAACUACCAGAGUGAGUUAUAAACCUAUCACUCUAGCAAUAGCAUGAUCAAAGCUACAAAAUUACAUUAUUAUCCUUGUUUCUUCUCGACCAAGCGAGUUUCGUUAGGUCAACAUGUCUAGUGCUUGUUCACUAGACCAUACAUAUUUUCUUGAAAUCUAGGUUUCUAUUCUACUUGUCUAAAGUCGAGACCUCCAUAGAGGUGAAAUUUUAUUCCAGCUUGAAACUACUAGACCUAGACCAUAUAACUUUUGUUCUAGAUGAUUCCAUUAUCUAGAUAGUCUAGAUAUUGAUUCUUGUGGAAACGUCCUCGUUUCUUUGUGCUACAACAUGCAACAUGUGAUCUUCCAUCUUUUUCUUUUGCAUGGAAACCCAAGGAAACACUACAGAGUUGUUUUGGAGAAUAUUCAAUUCUUCGAUUGAGGAUGCAUGAGUACCAUUCACUUCACCUCUUGGAUGCUCUGCCUUCUUUCCUCAUGAGGUGAUGAUGGCGCAGCUCGUGUGCUUUUUAUUACUACAAAAAACCAAAUAGUAGGCCAUAGAGGAUUUGAGCUCCACCACCACCAUUAGGUUGGCUCCACCACUACUAAUAGGCUCCUUCUGCCUGGCGAUACGGUUACGAAGGAAAAUCGCUCUAGUGCCGCACUUUUGAACCGAAAGUAUUCUUGUUUGGUGCAGAUGAAUACGCGAGUGGAAGUUCUUGUAUACUAUUUCGCCACGCUGACGCACAUAGGACUGGGAUCACCCUUCCGGCGGUCUUGGCAUACAAACAAAUUUCUUAGUUUGCAGUAAUAUAAGGAGGUAAUCGG